AUGGAAGAGCUAGAUGCAGUAAGAAGAGCUAAGAUGCAUGAGCUUUUUGGCGAAGAUGUAGAAGACUCGGACGAAAUUUCAGAUCAAAAUGGAGAAGAGCUUUUCGGUGAAGAUGGAGUAGAUUCACACGAGGUUUUAGAUCAAGAUGAAGAAGAGCAACAUGAGAACACGGAGGAGGACGAAGAUUUAUUUGGAGUUGAUUGGCUGGCAUGUGAGAAGAUGAUGCAGAAUGGUCUGCAAUCUGGUUUGGAAUUUGAAAAUAGGGAUAGUCUGUUUACAGCUUAUCAGGCCUUUGCCAAGGUAGCAGGAUUUAAUGUUUCAACUAGAAACAAACGUGAUAGGUAUCUUAUGAUCUCAUGCGAAAGGGCUCGAAAGACAAAUGCGAAGUACACCAAAAAGAUGAAUUGCCCUGCUCGUUUGAAUGCAAUAAAACAAGACAACGACAAGUGGAAAGUUUCCACUGUUUGCAAUGAGCAUAACCAUGAGUUAGAACCACACAUGAGUGAAUUUAUGCCGGCACAUAGGCACUUGUCAACCAAUUUGAAGGUUCAUUUAGAUGCGUAUGACCGCGCUGGAUUACGGCUAUGUAAGAGUGUUAGGAUGAUGGAAGUUCUUGUUGGUGGACCACCCAAUUUGGGCGCUUCGAUGAAAGAUUGCAGAAAUUAUGUUGAUAAAAUGAGGAAAUUAAGACUUGGAGAUGGAGAUGCCGCUGCCAUUCAACAAUUAUUUAAGAGAUUGCAACAAAACGAUAAAGAUUUUUUUUAUCUACUAGAUAUUGACGAUGAUUCUAGACUCCGCCAUGUUAUGUGGAUUCAUCCGUGGAGUCGAGCUGCGUACCAAGAUUUCCACGACGUCGUGAGUUUUGACACGAUUUAUCUCAUGAAUCAAUACAAUAUGCCUUUCGGAACUGUGGUCGGGGUUAACCAUCAUCAUCAAUCUAUUCUACUAGGAUGUUGCCUGUUGAGCGACGAGCGUGCAGAAUCAUUUAAAUGGUUUUUUAGAAAUUGGUUGGAUGCAAUGAGGGGUGUUUAA